AUGGCCAUGUUGGCCUCCAAGUCUCCAUAUCCCGCGCCGUCCAUGGGUGGAGGAUCCGCCCAGUCAGCAGCGCAGUACAAUCCCAACCUCUCCAACUACCGCACACAUGCAUCGAAUGCGCGCGCAGAGCACACCAUGUUUGCUUCACCCACCGAGUCAGAAUUUUCGGAGAUUUACGAUGCUCCCGAUGCCAUCAGACACUGGGAUGAGGACAAAGUCGCCGACUGGCUAAAGCGUAUCAACUGUGGUCAAUACGUCGACCUCUUCAAACACAAUCACAUCAAUGGCGAGAAUCUUAUGGAAAUGGACCAGACUCACCUCAAAGAUAUGGGUAUCAAGAAGGUUGGUGACCGCGUCCGUAUCGGCUCACAGGCGAAGCAAUUGCGCAACAAAGAGUACAAGAAAGCGUCGCGGCGGACAUCGAAUAGACAAUCACUUGCCACAUUAGACAAUUCCUCAUAUACUCCUCCUUCCUCAGGAUCACCUCGGCCAUUGCACUCGGCGCGCUCAAAUCCUCCUGUCAGCUCUCGAUCCGAAAAGCGCAUGUCCAGACAGAUCACCAACUCGGAUCUAAGCAAUUAUGUAUACGGCACCAAAUCCGCAUCUCGACCCGGCUCCCCACUAGUGGAACAAGAUUCUCGAGCCAUAAGGUCACAACGGCAAGGAGGUCUUAAUAGCCCCAAGGACAAUGGCAAGAAGGAAUCUGCAUCUGCGUAUGGUGCCCAUCCGCUCAGUGCAUCAAGUAGCUCAGCCAACAUCUCAUCCCAGUAUGGACGAAACCCACGAUCUACUCCGACCGAAACACCUCAGACAGCACGAUUCGCCCAUCACGUACGAGGAGCGCCAAGUGUAGAUAGUGCUACGAACAGUGCCAUUUUACCACAAGACAAAGCACUUGUCAGGGUCAUUUAUGAUGGGGGUCGAACCUCUGUCGUGAAUAUCGAAGGCUGCAAGUCUGCCGAAGAGGUCAUGUUGAAAACCUUGACAAAAGGACAUCUCAACAUUGCCCAUGUGAAGAACUACUGUUUCUAUAUCCUGAACAGCUCGGAACCGGACCCUUCUUUGACCGAACGCCUGAGUGACAUGGAAGUCUACCGUCUCGUGAAAGAUGCGAAUAGACAUGAGCGUGGACGCCUGAUUCUGCGUAAGGUCCAUGCAGGUGAGCCUGAGGAAGACCAACUCAAGGCAGCUGCUGGUAUCUACCAACAACAAAAUUACCAACAAAACUCCAGUAACAUCUAUCUACCGACGAGCAACCGCAGUCAGAUCAAAAUCGAGAAACUCACGGGUGAAUCGCUUGCUGCUGUUAGCUACCCUCUCUCGCCAACAUCCGCAAGAGAACGUGAACGUCACAUCAACUCGACCGCACAGAAUUUGGAAGGACCUGGUGAGGCAUCGAGGUCGCCAGUGUUCCAUGCCCGUGCCCGGAAACUCAAGCAGUUCUACGGUGCCCGGCCUCCAAGUGAGCUGAUUACUUCGGACUUGACUUCAUACUUCCCAGACGUUGGGAAGGAGGAGAUCGACAAGACUGUCCGGAUGUCUGUUCGCCGGUCUAACCGCCUCAGUCGAGCAGCGUCCCGCUUGUCGAUGGCUUCAAACUUCAGUGUUGCAUCGAGCUUGAAAGACGCACCACCUUUGCCUUCGAUCGCGGACAGCUGGCUACAGAGUGGUAAUCAGGCCCGACCUCUCCGUCCACUUUCAGUCAUGCGGCUUGGCUUGCCCUCUCAGUCGGGCUACCGAGACUCGAUGGCAUCUUCAGUGCUGGAACCUCUCGAUGAAGAGUCCCCUCUUGAACCAAAUCGCAAGUCAUAUGUUUCAUUUGGCGACGGCAGCGGCUCGGACACACUCGCCAUUACUGAUCCGGACGGUAACACUACUUUGCAAUCUUAUUUUGACGAUGGCGGCAGUAGUCUUGCAGGCAGUAGUCACAGUAACACCGAGAAUGGUGACUCGCUUAAUAAGCGUCUGUCAGAAGCCAUUGCUGAUGAUGGUGAAGAGUCCGACGAAGAGUUGGCAGAAUACCUUCAAAAAGAUUCUUGGGACAAUGUCAAAUAUAUGAAGGGUGCCCUCAUCGGUCAGGGAUCUUUCGGCAGUGUCUAUCUGGCACUGCAUGCUAUGACAGGUGAGCUCAUGGCUGUCAAGCAAGUAGAGCUUCCUUCCGUCACUGGUGCUUCCCAGAUGGACCACAAGAAAUCGAACAUGGUAGAGGCGUUGAAGCAUGAGAUUGGCCUACUACGCGAACUGAAGCACAAGAACAUUGUGCAGUACCUCGGGUCAAACUCGGACGACAGCCACCUCAACAUUUUCCUUGAGUACGUUCCAGGUGGUUCCGUGGCUACAAUGUUGAUUAAUUAUGGUCCUUUGGGCGAAUCACUCAUUCAGAAUUUCGUACGCCAGAUUCUCACUGGUCUCUCAUACCUUCACUCACGAGAUAUCAUCCACCGCGACAUCAAGGGCGCAAACAUUCUCGUGGACAACAAGGGUUCCGUCAAGAUUUCGGAUUUCGGCAUUUCCAAACGUAUUGAAGCUUCCACGCUGGGAGGCGGAAAGAAGGGAGCACAGCGCGUCUCCCUUCAGGGCUCGGUCUUCUGGAUGGCACCUGAAGUGGUCAGACAGACGGCUUACACGCGCAAGGCUGAUAUUUGGUCUCUCGGAUGUCUCGUCGUCGAGAUGUUCACCGGAAGCCACCCCCACCCCAAUUGCACACAGUUACAAGCCAUCUUCAAGAUUGGCGGCAGUGGUGAUGCCAGCCCGACCAUUCCGGAGAACGCUGGUGAUGAUGCUCGGACAUUCCUAGCCCAGACCUUCCUCAUCGACCAUGAGAAGCGUCCGAGCGCAGACGAGCUGCUCAUCAGCAAGUUCAUUACCAAUCAAGGCGCUUAG